CUCCCUGCCCCCUCCCAGCACAGGACCUCCGGGAGCAGCAGCUGCUGACACACAGGAGACACGUACCUGAGGAGGACCCCAAACUGCAGGCUGCCCGCCCCCCAUCCAUGUGCCGGGGAGAGCAGACAGCUGAUCAGGCCGGAUGUUCCAUUCCUUCCCAUUUCAUUUUAUGGAUUACUCCACCUCCUUCACUGCCUGGAACGACCACCGCAUCGGGAAUAGUUCCAAUGAUAACCAGAGUUACUGCUACAACGGGCAGGCGGGAAGCACUGUCCUCCAAGGGGUGACGUUUGGAGGAAUCCCCACUGUCUUGGUGCUGGACGUCAUCUGUUUUGUGUUGUUGCUGCUAGCUUUCUCCAUCAUUCGGAAGAAAUUCUGGGAUUAUGGACGGGUGGCACUUGUAUAUGACAAUGACAGUUUGCCAGAGUGGAGUUACCGUAGAUUAUCCUCACAAUCCUCUUUUAAUGAGGAACUAGAAAAGGACAAGGGAUUUUGCUCCUGGAUAUCCUCUGCAUUUCAGAUGGGUGAUGAAGACUUCUUUGAGCAGUGCGGAGAAGAUGCUUGUCACUACCUCUCCUUCCAGCGUCACCUCAUAUUCUUCCUGGUUGUCGCCAGCGUCCUCUCCAUCGCCAUCAUAUUGCCGGUCAACCUCUCUGGGUCUUUACUUGAAAUGGACCCUUAUAGCUUCGGCAGGACCACAAUAGCGAAUUUACAGCAUGAGGACAGUCUCCUUUGGGUCCACACGGUCAUAGCCAUCAUAUUUCUCAUCCUAAUCGUCGUCCUCAUGCGACAUCACACGUCUGCCAUAAAAUACAAGAAGGAGAAUCUGGUGGAGCAGACGCUGUUCAUAACGGGGCUGCCCCGUGAUUCUGAUAAGGAGACCAUCAGCAGUCACUUCAGUGAAGCCUAUCCGACAUGCCGAGUGGUCGACGUACAUUUGUGCUAUGACAUCGCUGACCUUCUUCGAGUUUCCAGUGAGAGGAAACAAGCUGAAAAAAGCCUUGCGUACUAUAUCAAACUGCAUACCAGAACCGGGGAAUACACUUUUAUUAACCCCAAGCCAUGUGGACAGUUCUGCUGUUGUGAAAUUUCUUGCUGUGAGCGGAUUGAAGCUAUUGAAUAUUAUACUGCAGUCAAAGAAAAGCUGGAGCUGGAAUACGCCUCCAAGCUGGAGCAGACGCGGAGUAUGCCCAUUGGGAUAGCUUUUGUGACUUUUUCUGAUAAGUCCAUGGUGACUUUCAUUCUGAAAGAUUUCAACGCCAUCAAGUGCCAUCGCUACAAAUGUGCAACAGAACCGCAGCCAUCGCGCUUCAGCAAACAGCUUCAGACCACAAAGUGGUCGGUGACCUAUGCCACCUACCCGGAGAACAUCUCAUGGGGGAAUAUCUCCGCGCAGGGAGUAAAAUGGUGGGCACGGUGCCUGGCAAUCAAUUUUUUCCUUUUCAUUGUGCUGUUUUUCCUCACUACACCAUCUAUUAUUAUUACUACGAUAGACAAAUUCAAUGUCACCAAGCCCAUCUACUAUCUGAAUAACCCGGUGAUCAGCCAGUUCUUUCCCACCCUCCUGCUGUGGUCGUUCUCUUCAUUAUUGCCAACCAUCGUGUAUUACUCAACCAUCUGGGAGGCCCACUGGACAAAGUCUGCAGAAAAUCGUAUCAUGAUGCAUAAAGUCUACAUCUUCCUCAUCUUCAUGGUCCUGAUUUUGCCAUCUCUUGGCCUGACCAGCUUGGACGUCUUCUUUCGGUGGCUCUUUGACAAGUCUUCAGAUAACGGUCAGAUCAGACUAGAAUGUGUCUUCCUGCCGGAUCAAGGCGCCUUCUUUGUCAACUACGUCAUCGCCUCGGCGUUUAUUGGCAAUCCGAUGGAGUUGCUGCGACUUCCAGGCCUCAUUUUGUACACCUUUCGCAUGAUAUUGGCCAAGUCUGCUGCUGAGAGACGGAACAUAAAGCAGCACCAGGCCUUUGAAUUCCAGUUCGGAGCCAUGUAUGCCUGGAUGUUGUGCGUGUUCACCGUUAUCACUGCCUACAGCAUCACCUGCCCCAUCAUUGUGCCUUUUGGUUUGAUCUACAUGUUGCUGAAGCACCUCGUGGACAGACACAACCUGUACUACGCAUAUCUGCCCACAAAACUGGACGGCGAGAUCCACUUUUCAGCCGUCAAACAGUCCCUGGCCGCCCCGAUAUUGUGCAUUAUGUGGCUGUUUUUCUUCACUCUGCUUCGAAUGGGUUUCCAAGGUGCCACACUGUUCAGCCUGAUUGUCAUGCUGAUAACGAUCCUCAUCAGUAUCUCCUAUACUUGUUUCGACUGCCUCAAACAUCUCAGUCCUUUGAAUUACAAGAUAGAAGAAUCUACUCCUGGAGCAGACACUCCAUUCAAGAAAGAAGUCCCUCCAAAGUCACUGACGUACGUCCCCAGUGUCUUGAAAGCUUCGCCAUCCGAGAGCACUCAGCUGGAGCAGGAUUUCCAUCCGUCAUACGGAGCCGUGGAGGACACAGAGACGACGACUCACACAGACGAGGCUCACCUCGUAUCAUGGGACGUCCCCGAGGCUAUGGAAACCAAAGACCAGUCCUAGUGCGACAGCAGCGACCAAACGCACCAGUAGAUGGGAAGGAACUCUGCCUGCAGGAUCCCUGCUAAUGGUCCAUCAGAACCGGAGUUGUCCCUCCAGACGAGCUGCUAUGAUGGGGGUGAUGACUGCAUAGCCCAUUGCUGCUCCACUGCUCCUAUCAACAGGACAUCAACAAUCUUUUAAAGGGUUUGUCCCAUUAGGACGACGUGUAUGAAUGUGCCCCUUUUAAAUCAUAGUGGGUUCAAUCCACAUGGGACACCCGAUGUUGGCAAUAGCAGAGCGCCACCUCAAAUGUUUACCAGACAAAACCUAUUGCCACUUGUGGCGCUAAACAGCCCAUUGAUAGUUUGCAUAGGGCAUCCUCAGAAGUACAUACAUUAAUUUUAUUUUUUUAUGCCAUAUCAAUCCAUGCAUGAUGUACUACGGAGUUAGUCGCCCCUAGUAGAAUUGUGGAGACUAUCUAUAACGUACAUCACUCAACAGAACACUAUAUGGCGGCACACAGUAUUCUGCCAUGUGCAUGAGUCCUAAGGCAUUGUGUCCAGGUCUCCAUUAGUGGAGCAGCAAUUCACUGACCAGUUGAUUUCCAUUAGCAGUCAACCACUGGGACUGGUUUGAUCUGCAUAUUCCCAACAUGCUGCAGUAGCCUUAAAGGGAGUGUGUCACCACCAUGCCUUGUUGGGCUAGCUCAGGUGAAUGUGGCGAUACCUUUCACUAAAUGAUUCUUUGCUUCAUUCUAGAGAAAAAUGACUUUUUUAUGCCAUAUGUAAAUGAGCAGUUAAGUGCACAGAGGGAGGGGCCAAGCCUUUCUUUGCACCCUUGCUCCUACUACUUUCUGUGCCAGUACAUUCAUCUCCUCCUUCAUUGACGGGGUCAGGGCUCUGCAUAGUCAUGUCACCUGGACCUGUCAGUCAAAAAGAAGAGGGAGGGGCUGGCAGAGGAAGCAGGAGGAGCAAGGGUGCACAGAGUGGCAUGGACCCACCUUCGGUGCACUUAACUGCUCAUGUGCAUAUAGACUAAAAGUACUUUUUCUCCAGAAAAAUACAACUUGGAUGGAUUUUUUUUUAACAGUCGUGUCGCAGCAUGUUAUGGUGCGAUACCAUUGACUAUUAUUACCAAAAAGUAGCCCUAGCCUAAAGCAACAGAUCGCUACUACAUUCAGCUGAGUUAGGCCUACAAGGCAGUGAAUUUCCAGGUGACGCACUCCCUUUAAGGGAUCCUGAAUACAAUUAUAAUUGCCAAAGACUUGUAUAUACACUUUUGUGUUACUGUAAUAUACGGAUGUAUAUUUUAUAAAUAAAUGAAUUGAAAAGUAAAA